CCUGUACUCACUUCUGUUGAUAACUUACGAACGGAUGACUGUUGGUGGGCUGUUCAGCUCUUUGGGUCUCUCUCUGCUGCUUGUUCAGACACAGCCUUGGUAGUGUUUGAUACUGUGGUUGAAUGAGUUCCAUGAUGGCUUCCACUUUUUUAAGAAGCAUUCAAAACCACCCAUUGAUGUUAUACCCAGCUGCAUUGUUUAUAAGAAAGAAGGUUGUUUUAUAUUGCACUAUGAAAAGCACAGAAUCCCAAACAGCCACCCAAGAAAAGCAAAAUCCCCGAAUCAAAGUUCCACCACGCACCCAGACCAUAACAACAACCAAUAACGUCUCAAAAGAUUAUGAAGCAGUCAUUGGUAUAGAAACCCAUGUGCAGCUCAACACUCUCACCAAAGCCUUCUGCAGUUGCCCUUACAAUUAUGGGUCUCCUCCAAACACCAGUGUCUGCCCCAUUUGCAUGGGUCUUCCUGGCGCUUUGCCAGUUCUGAACUCAAAGGUCAUUGAAUAUGCGGUGAAAGUGGGUCUUGCACUCAAUUGCAAGUUGUCUUUGAACUCAAAAUUUGAUAGGAAACAGUACUUUUACCCUGACCUUCCAAAGGGCUACCAAAUAUCGCAGUUUGAUGUUCCUAUUGCAACUGGUGGUUACCUUGAUUUGGAUCUUCCAAUGGAGUUUGGUGGUGGGCACUGGAAAUUUGGCAUUACAAGGGUUCACAUGGAAGAAGAUGCAGGAAAGCUACUUCAUUCGGAAAGUGGAAGUUACUCCCAGGUUGAUUUAAAUAGAGCAGGGGUGCCCUUACUUGAGAUUGUUUCUGAACCUGAUAUGAGAACUGGUAUUGAAGCUGCAGAAUAUGCAGCAGAACUACAGAGGUUAGUUCGGUAUUUGGGAGUUAGUAAUGGUAAUAUGCAAGAAGGUUCACUUCGUUGUGAUGUCAAUGUAUCAAUUCGACCAAUUGGGCAGUCACAGUUUGGGACAAAGGUUGAGAUAAAAAAUUUGAACUCUUUCUCGUCAGUGAGUAGGGCCAUUGAUUUUGAAAUUUCAAGGCAGGUUCAGCUUCAUAGCCAAGAGAAGGGUGAUCAAAUUAUACAGGAAACUCGUCUUUGGGAAGAAGGCGCGCAGAAAACAGUUACAAUGAGGAAAAAAGAAGGGCUUGCUGAUUAUCGAUAUUUCCCAGAACCAGACCUUCCUGGAGUUAUCCUCACUAAAGAAUACGUUGAUGCUAUUCGUGAUUCAUUGCCAGAAGCUCCAGAAAUGAAGCGUCGGAGGUAUGAGAAGAUGGGCCUAAGCAUGCAGGAUGUUCUUUUCCUUGCAAAUGACAUUAAUGUUGCACAAUUUUUUGAUGCAACUAUUGCAAAGGGAGCUGAUGUGAAGCUGGCUACCAAUUGGAUAAUGGGUGAUAUUGCUGCCUACAUGAAAAAUGAAAAGUUGACCAUAAAUGAGAUUAAGUUAGUCCCCCGGGAGCUAGCCGAAUUGAUAGCUUCCAUAAAAGGUGGGACCAUUAGUGGAAAGAUUGGGAAAGAGAUAUUGUUUGAGCUACUAGCCAAAGGUGGAACUGUCAAGGGACUAAUAAAAGAAAAGGAUUUGGUUCAGAUAGUAGAUCCUGUGGAGAUCGAGAAAAUGGUAGAAAAAGUACUUGCAGAGAACCCCCAACAGCUGGAGCAAUAUCGUGGGGGCAAAACUAAGCUACAAGGUUAUUUUGCUGGCCAGGUAAUGAAAGUGUCAAAAGGUAAAGCGAAUCCCGGGCUUCUAAACAAGAUACUUUUGGAGAAAUUAAAUGCCAAAAGCUGAUCAUUUUGUUGGUGAGUAUCUGCGAAUAGAUCCUGUUUUUCACACACAAAAAAAAUGAGUGGCACAGCUCUCCUCCAAACUGGGUUGGGGCCAAAAUGGUGAUGACAACAAUGAGCUGGCGAGUAAUAUAUAUUGUUGCAUACUGAUGGUUGUGUCUCUCUGAACUCAUAAUACUUCCCGGCAACAUGCAGUUAGUUUAAUUUAGCUGUCCCGUACCAACAUUUUUUUUUUUUGAUACAUUAGGGGGAGGGAGGUUUCGAACUCCAAACCUCCAUUUUGGAGUCUGGGGGUUAUGACAAUCAUGCCAAAGGGAAAGGAGUCUUCUGUUACUUUACUUCCUCACUUCACUUGUAUAUCUCAGCAGCCAUGCACUUCACCAACUUUCUUUAGUGGGGUAGCCUAGCCCUUUUCUUUUUGCAACAUGCAAUAUAAUAAUAUGCAGAUUUAUAUAA